AUGUCAUCCUCACCCAUCGCCCGCUCACGUUCGCCGUCUCUCAAGUCCGUAUCCGACUUUGCGGACGAUGAUGGCACGCCUUCUACCCAAGCCAUUGACGAUACUCCGGUCGUCAUCUACCAUUCAAAUACUACUGAGAACACCAUGCCAUCCGACGCUCGCGAGUCAAAGGAGGCUGAUAGUCCUGACAAUACCACCAUCGAACCUGCGCGCUUAACCACGGAUCCUGACGCUUUUGGCGCGAAGCAUGAGCGCUACUUCUUCGACCUCGAACUCCUCACCUUUUCGGUUCAGGGCACCUUGUACCGCAUACAUAGCCAGUUCUUCACCCAGUUCUCCACGUACUGGGCCACAAGGCUCGCAAAUGCCGAGUCUAAUAACUACCCACUCAUCCUAGACGACGUGAACGUGAAGGAGAUAGAUGCACUCCUGUCCAUCCUAUACCCGGUGCCACAGGAAAAUCCCAGGACGCUCGAAGAUUGGCAAUCUAUCCUACGUCUCGCCACUAUGUGGGGUUUCAAGGAACAGCGCAACCAAGCGAUCACGGCGCUCGAGCCCCGUCUGUCCCCACUUCAGAGGCUGUGUCUCGCUCGUGCGCAUGGGAUCGAGAUAUGGGUUCAUCCCGCAUUCGUGGCGAUGAUCCUGCGUCCUAAGACUCUGAGCUUGGCCGAAGCCGAACAGCUUUCUCUCCAGGAUACGAUGCAUAUCAUGACCGCCCGCGAGGCUCUUUACCAAACCCAUAUGGGCACCCCUCCGCAAGGCGUCGUCUCGGAAUAUGUUGCUCAACAUAUCCACAAACCUAUCGCCCCUCUUACUCGCCAAACGCCACCACCACCCGCUCGACCUUCUGGCGGACUUUUUAGCAACGGCACUCAACCGUCGCAGAAGUUGACGCUAUCUGAUACCCCCACCGUCGACGAGAAGAAGACCUUCGCUAAACUAUUCUCCUCAUACCAGCUUUCAUCUGCGCUUUGCGCGGUCCAGUCAUCCAACAUCCCAGCAUUCUGCGACCUGCUGGUCGAGUUCAGUAGCAUGCUUAAACCCACCGGUUGCUUCUCAACGCUCCUCUCUGAUGUUCUCUCUCGUGGAGCGGUCCAUCAAUCAUUCAUUCCCAUCGGCACCCAGCUGUUGAAAGCAGUUAUCCUGAAGCUUCCUCCGGCUCCGGCCCCAAGCGUCUCCUCCCGGGACUAUACCUCCUUCGACCUCUUUCCCAAGUACGUCGCCACUCUCGAAGUGACGCAGGCGAAAGCCAAGUCAGACAUCAAGUCGUACUUCGACGACCUGGAGAAGUUCCAGCUGUCGGUGGAAAGGGCCAUGACCAAAUAUGGCGACUUCACGUUGGCGUUCACGUCGGCCAGACUGGCCGAGGCUGGCAGCCAAUCUUCGUCGAUAUUUGGGGGACCGUCGCUAUUUGGUGGGCGGGACGUCGAUCAGAGCGACUACAAGAAGAGGAGCGCAAAUCUCCGUACAUUUGCCGCUGCUCUCACGGAGGUCGGGCUUCUCGGGAAGCAGGUCUUCUUGAGUGAGAGCCUGGAACGCCUACGCGAGACAAUCAAGUCUUUCAGUGCCGUUGGGAAGAUAGACGUUUGA